AUGCCUCAGUUUUCUAGUACUCUGCUUAACGCCCAGAGCGCUGUACAACAGCCACCGGCCAAUCAAGUAGUCAACAAUCCCUCAUCAGUGGCACCAGUAGUCAAAGCUGAUCCUCCGACCCCAACCACCAGCACAACCCCCGCACCCGUGACAACAAGUCCGGCGCCUCCCACGCCAACCCCUCCGCCCAAUCCCGACAGCUGGACGGGUAAUGUGACCGCCGGUAACACGACAUGCAUUCGCGCCCAGUUCUCGGUUCAGGUGAUCGUGAAGUACAACAACACCAACAAUACUAAAGAGUUGGAGACCGGGUUUGAUAUCCCGAAAGGCGCUGUCGUCGAUGUGAGCAAGAGUUUCUGCAGUAGCGAUAAAGAACCGUUGGAAGCGCUGACCAUUAGNUUUGCCAUUGGAUUCAAGCAGUCUUAA